AUGGCUCAGCUUUCAGAUACUCAUAAAUUAGAUUUAAUUCCAUAUUCGUUGAGAGAAGAGGCUCUUCAAUUAAAAGAAGUACUUAUUUCACCUUUUUAUGAAGAAUUAGCUUUUAAGAAACUUGAAUCGUAUACUCAAGGAAUAAAUCAACCUAGUUGUAGUUUUAAUAAUGAAGUUUUAACACUUUGUGCAGAGGUUGAUCCAACAAUGAGUGAAUCCAUCAAGCUAAAAAGUCUUCUUAAUAAAGCUAGGCUAAACAUGCAAUUUGAAAUACGAAGAAAAAAACCAACAACAACAAAACAAUUUCUUGAAUAUGCUAAAAAAAUUGAAGAAUUUUUUCAAUUAUCAAAUAUCAAUACUGCAGCUAUUAAUACUAAUCAUAACUCGGGUAUUCCAACAACAUCUGCAAUAACACGUACAAACAUAAUAUCAUUAAAUACUAAUUACAAAUAUUCUUCCACUAUAUAA